GGGGGCGUGUCGUACCACAACACACUUCCGGUUCUAUUUUCGGUUCAUUCAUGUUCGGAUCAAGAAUGUCAAUAUCACUGAUUACGCGUGCAAUAGCGUAAUUAUCAAUGCAUGAAGUUUCUCUAUGGUAAUUUCAAUAACAGUUGGUUGUCGGACAAUUACAGUAUGUGAUGUUUUAUCUGUAAACUAAACAUUUCAAAGUCACAGUAGUAAAUUUUGCAUUAUAAUCAGAAGAUAGCCGGUAGGUUAGGUAAUAGGUUCAUGAAGAAUGAGAUCUGUGGUGCAGGACGCGUUAAGUCCAACGGACGGGAGUUCCAAAUUUACUCUGGAAGCAGAUAUAGAGGUGCCUUCCCCGGAGAAGUUUGACAUUGUUGUACAAGUCAAAGCAUGUGCUUUAGCAAAACAUAAUACAAAGAUACUAACAGAAAUCCACAAGAAAAGUCAAAGAGACAGAUAUAGUGUUGGGCAUGAUGUGGCCGGAAUCGUGGUCAAGAUUGGUCAGUCUGUGACUAAUGUAGCUCUAGGAGAAAAUGUUGUAGGUGUUGUGCCAUUAAAUGCCAGAUACUCAGGAUGUGGGGAAUAUUGUUUGAUGUCGGAGUAUGACGUAGUCAGGAAGCCAGAUCGACUGAGUUUUAGCGAGGCUGCAGCAGGAAUUGGUGACUGUGUGAAGGCGUAUACAGCUCUGCACUACCAGGCGCGUGUGUGUGGUGGGGACACAGUCCUUGUGAUUGACGGGGCCACACCCUUUGGAUGUGCAGCACUCUACCUGGCCAAUCACUGGGGUGCUAAGAUUAUAACAACGUCCAGCAGUCAGGAAGAAAGAAACUUCAUUGAUGGUCUGCAAAUAUCUAUAGCCCAAGUGAUAGACAUCAGCAAGAGGACCAACAUUCUAGCCAGCAGUGUGAUGGAGGAGACCGGGGGUGUGGGAGUGGAUGUCGUCAUUGACAACGGAGCUUGCAUGUUUACCAGUGAGGAAGAUACCAAUAUUAUGGAGGAGAAACACAAACACUCUGUCCCACACAAACAUGAGAUAAUCUCCUGUUUAGGGGCUUCUGGAAAGUGGAUAACAUCACAAUAUAAUCUCCAGCUGGACCCGCCCGACAGCCAACAGUUGUUCCUGCGAGGGGCCAGUGUCAGCUUCCUGUUUGACAAAGUAUGGAACUUGUCCUGUUCUCAACAUGGACGAUAUCAACAUAUACUACAUGAUGCUGUAGAGAAGUUGGAGAAAGGAGUUAUUAAGUGUAAAAUAGCUAAGGAAUUCACACUGGACGUAGCAGUAGAUGCUAUGAUGCAACUUGACAAGCUCCGAAUAGGACGGGCAGUGGUUACGAUGUAAAAUGAAACCAAUGGUGCUAAAUGCUGGUAGCCAUCUCCGACUCUUGAAUCAUGUGAUACAUAUACGUCAUGUGAUUUAAAAGAACCAAUGAUUGUUCAGAAAAUUGAUGAAAUCAUUUAUGUGCCAUGUUUUAAUUUUUGAAUGUUUGAAUUAAAGCAUAAUCUAGAAAUCACGAGUAGGUUUAAUAUUUUAAUGAGAAAAAAAAUCGCUGAUUUACAAAACAAUUGUACUAACUUGAGCAUUAAUUU